AUGAGGAGCCUGCAUGUGACAGCAUGCGAGGGAGUAUCAGUGGCGGCUGCACUUCCCUUGCUGCCGUGCUUUGCCGGACUAGAAGUGCUGCGCAUAGAGGAGCUGGAUGGGUUCUGUGACCACGGUGUCACACUGCAGGCGCUGUCAGGGAUGACUAAUCUGCGCAGCCUUGCCGUGACCCUGGGAGGGGGGUUCAUGCACACGUGGCCUGAUCUGGCGCGCAUGCAAAAGUUGGAAACCUUGGACAUGCGCGGCUGCCCGGCCUACGGGGAGCCGUGGGCGGCAUGGGCACACAUGCCGGCCUGGAUGACUAAGCUUACCUCGCUGCGCAGCCUCAGCAUCGGGUGUGCAGGCUUUACAGAGGUCCCUCCAGUGGUGGCAGCCCUCACACAGCUGACGCGACUCGCCAUCAAGGACAGCUGCCUGGGAGAUUCCACCGGCCCGGCCGCAGCCCCCGGGAAGCUUCCUAUGACUGCGCGGCUGCCGGUUGGCUUCCAGCAUCUCACCAACCUCAAGUCCCUCUCUUUGGGCACCUGGUGUGGGAACAGCCUGCCGGACGAGAUCUGCAUGCUGACUAACUUGGAGGAGCUCAGCCUGACGGGGGAGCUGCCCUGUGACCUGGACGGCUGCGCCGUUGACUACGAGGAUGACUACACGGGGGCGCCAGAUCAGGCAGCGCAGGAUUUUGCCCUGCCCAAGAGGUUUGGGCGCCUAAGGAAGCUGCGCGUCUUGAGACUGGACUGCCAUAUGGGCAUGUGGGAGCUGCCUCCACAGGUGUUGCAGCUGACAGCCCUGGAGUCUCUGGACCUGUCCAACACAUCUCUGCGGAGCUUACCAGACAACCUGCACGCAUUGUCAAACCUCACGCGGCUGCGCCUGGCUUCCUGCAGCUUCAUGCGGCUUCCGGCGGCCGUCUUCAGCGUUCCCUCCCUGCGCCACUUGGACCUCGGCCGCAAUGCUGAUCUGUCGCUCGGGGAUCUGAAUCGCACGCAGCUGACAUGGCUCGCCAGCUUAGGCUCGCUGAACAUCGCCAAACUUGGUGACUGCGUUUGGGAACGCCCCUGCCUCCCCACCCUCGCUUUCCUGGAGGCAGCUUCCCGGCAGCGGCGGCUGCUGCUUCGAAUGGAUGCAGCUGAAGCUUCUGGGCAGCUACCUUACAAGGGACGGCGGUUGCAACGCAAAGGUCUCUGGAAGAAGGGUGGCAUGGGUGAGACUUGCGUGCUGGAGAGGUGCUGGGAAGGGAGCGCGAGCGUUGGUGUAAGAGAAGCAAAUGGGCAGCUGGUGCAGAUCUGUGUAGACAUUCCUUAG